CACAGAGGGCGCACGGUGUCAGUUAGCUCGCGCCUCUCGUAGCGGUCGGUCGCUGCUUCAUGGUUGCGUCUCGCAGCAGGAAUUUUGGGAGUGGAAAUUCCGCUGUUAUACUUUCACGACUCGCUUCGUAUUCUGACAUUUCUGCUGUGAACACAGAGAGAGAAAGAGGCGGAGAGAGAAAUACGGAGUGAAAUCUGGAGAGUUUAUCCUCCGAUGUUCCUUACGCUUGCUUUUCACUGAAAACCGGUUAACUACUGAUUGCUCCUUCUUUCAUUUUCCACUUGGAAGUAUCGAUCCUGUUUUCCCAAGGUUUGAUGAAGAAUCGCAAGCUGCCACUUCUGGAUUUUCCCCUGUUUUGAUUUUUAAUCUUCCCUGCUUUUUGGAUUAUAUUUUGUAUUUAGAUGGAAAAUUGUCCCCUGACAGACACGGGGAUUUGGUGGUGAAGCUCGCAGGAUGCUGGGGAGCCUACAACAACCACAUAUCUUACUUUGAGACAAUCUGCGCUUAUUUGUGUCGCUUUUGGACGUAAACCCCCUCUGGACGUUUCCCCCCCUCCCGUUUGUCUUUAUUUUCUUUGACAUCAUGUCUGUUUUGUACAAUCUAAGGAUGCGUAGUGGAUUGCUAUUGUUCAUUUUCACCCAAGUCAUCCUGGUUGCUUCGUUGACUCAGACUGAUAAAUGCGGGGGGACUAUAGAGAUCCACACCCCGGACUACCUGACCUCCCCCGGAUAUCCAGGCGCGUACCCGCCGUCCCAGCAGUGCGUGUGGGUGAUCUCAGCCCCGGAGCCCGGGCAGAAGAUCCUCAUCAACUUCAAUCCGCAUUUUGAUCUGGAGGACAGAGACUGCAAGUAUGACUUUGUGGAGGUCUACAACGGCGGGGACGAGCUUUCCCCCAUGUUGGGAAAGUUUUGCGGGAAGAUUGCUCCGUCUCCGAUCAUCUCCAGCGGCAGCCAGCUGCUCAUCAAGUUCGUCUCCGACUACGAGACGCACGGAGCGGGAUUCUCCGUUCGCUACGAGGUCUUCAAGACAGGUCCAGAAUGCUCCAGGAACUUUACGGCUCCCCGAGGCGUCAUCAAGACACCGGGCUUCCCCGAGAAGUACCCCAACAACCUGGACUGCACCUUCAUGAUCUUCGCCCCCCAGAUGUCUGAGAUCGUGGUGGAGUUCGACAGCUUCGACAUGGAGCCCGACACCACGCCGCCGCCGGGCGCGCUCUGCCGAUACGACUGGCUGGAGAUCUGGGACGGCUUCCCUGCAGUUGGUCCCCACAUUGGCCGUUAUUGUGGCCCGACGUCCCCGGGCCGUGUGAUCUCGUACACCGGCAUCCUGUCCAUGACCAUCACCACGGACAACGCCAUCGCCAGAGAGGGGUUCUCCGCCAACUACACCAUCCGAGAGAGGAUCCUCCCCCCGGGACACGAAGACGAGGACUUCGCCUGCAUGGAGCCGCUGGGCAUGGAGUCGGGGGAGAUCACCUCGGAGCAGAUCAGCGCCUCGUCGCAGUAUAACUCCAACUGGUCCCCCGAACGCUCGCGGCUGAACUACGAGGAGAACGGCUGGACGCCCUCUGAUGACACCGUCAGGGAGUGGGUGCAGGUGGAUUUGGGAUUUCUAAGAUUCGUCACAGCCAUCGGCACACAGGGAGCGAUCUCCAAAGAGACGAAGAAGCACUACUACGUCCGAUCGUACAAAGUGGACCUGAGCUCCAACGGAGAGGACUGGGUCACCGUGAAGGAGGGCUCCAAGCAGAAGAUCUUCGAGGGGAACCACAACCCGACGGAUGAAGCUCGCUCUUUCCUCCCCAAACAAACUCUGGCUCGAUACAUCCGGGUCCGCCCCAUGUCCUGGGAGCAAGGCAUCUGCAUGCGCUUCGAGAUCUACGGCUGCAGGACGUCAGACUACCCGUGUUCAGGGAUGCUGGGCAUGGUGUCCGGUCAGAUCUCAGACGCUCAGAUCAGCGCCUCGUCGUACGCAGACCGCGGCUGGGUGGCUGAAAACGCUCGUCUGCUGACGGGGAGAUCGGGCUGGACCGGGCAGCAAACCAAGCAGCCCUUCAGGAACGAGUGGCUGCAGGUGGAUCUGGGUCAGGAAAAGAUGGUGAGCGGCGUGGUGAUCCAGGGAGGGAAGCACCGCGACAGGAACGUCUUCAUGAAGAGGUUCAGGGUCGGACACAGCCUGGACGGAGAGGGGUGGACAAUCGUCAAAGAGGACAACACCACCAAGCCCAAGAUUUACCUGGGGAAUCAGAACCAGGACACCCCCGAGCUGCGGUCCACGGGCUCCCUGCUGACCCGCUUCAUCCGGAUCUACCCGGAGAGAGCCACUUCCGAGGGGCUGGGCCUCCGUCUGGAGCUGCUGGGCUGCGAGCUGGACGAUAUUACCACCACAGCGCCCCCCACCACCCCAGGCGCCUCCACCCUCCCCAUGACCACGUUUGGAGCGACCACCACGGCCCCCCCCACGGCCCCCGGCACCACCGCGGGGUCCGACUGCGAGGACGGACACGACUGUGGCGCAGAGACCGAGGAUCCAGACUAUGACACCGUGAUGGCAGGAGGAGCCACGUCGGUCGAACCCAUCCUCGACUUCAUACCAGCAUACGUGUGGUUUGCCUGUAACUUUGACUUCUCGUCGUUCUGCGGCUGGACCAGAGAGAUGGGGACCGGGGCCGAGUGGCUCAUCCAGACUAACGGAGCCCCGACUGUCCACCGGGGGCCAGCCCUCGACCACACAGGCGGACUGGGGAACUUCAUCUACAUGCAGCUGGGUGACAGUGACACCCCGAGUAAAACUGGUGAACAUGACGGUGAUGAAGAGGAGAAGGUGGCGAGUCUGGCCAGCCUGCCCAUCACAGCCACAGACUCUGACCUGUGCAUGUCCUUCUGGUACCACAUGUUCGGGGAGCAUGCGGGCGCGCUGCACAUCAGGCAGAGGAGGGAGGAGGAGGAGGCGGGGGGGCAGAUCCUGUGGACGCUCAGCGGGCACCAGGGCAGCCGCUGGAGGGAGGGGAGGGUCCGGCUGCCUCACUCCAGCCUCUCAUACCAGGUGGUGGUGGAAGGAGUUGCAGAGAGACGCAGUGCCGGUCACAUCGCCGUGGACAACAUCCAGAUCAUAGAUGGACUCAGGAUGGACGACUGCAAGGAUCCAGACACUCCUACAUCUCAACCUACUGAGAUCUUCAUCCUACCGAUGGACUCCCUCUCCCAGGACAACAGUGAGCUGGGGGGUCCGGGCAACAUGCUGAAGACCCUGGACCCGAUCCUCAUCACCAUCAUCGCCAUGUCAGCGCUGGGCGUGUUCCUGGGCGCCAUCUGUGGCGUGGUGCUGUACUGCGCCUGCUCGCAGGGCAGCAUGACGGACAGGAACUUAUCCGCGCUGGAGAACUAUAACUUUGAGCUGGUGGACGGCGUGAAGCUAAAGAAGGACAAGAUGAACGGACAGAAUAACUACUCAGAGGCGUGAGGCGGAGGGAGCUGCGGAUAUCACUCCGCACGGACAUUGCAGCCAAUCAUGUGGGAGUAAAAACACGGGGUCCGAGGCCUCUGAAGGGACGGCAGGGUGGGCUGAAAGUGAGCCAAUGUAAUUUUGUUUUCUCAGGAGCGGCAGUGAGAAGGACUGACCUGCAGGGGGCACUGUGUAUAAAGAAUCUGUACAGUAACAAAAAAAAAAGAGAAAGGAUUCUAUUUGUUUUUCGGUGUUGAUUUCAUGUAAUCACAUGCUGGUGUUGAGACCAA